UGGUCGUUCCGCGCAAUGAGAAGCGAGGAGCGGCGGUUCGAAAGAGCGGCGGGCGCUGCGGCAGGAGCGGUUACAAGGCCCGGGCCGCCUGCAGCGGAAGACAUGGAGACAAGGAAAUUAGAUGGAAGUGUCUUUAAAACUGCCCUGAAUAAAGAUGAAGUUGAAAAUAUUCUCAGUGAAAUUAGUGAUCUUAAAAUGACUGAGAGAGAGAAUGGCAAAUACCAUAAAAAAAAUGAAGUCAAAUGUGAGAGCCUUUGUUCAGCUCCUCAGAACAUUCUGAGUCUUGGUCUGCAAACUCCAAGAACUCCUGCGCCAGGGAUCCUACAACUGUUGCCAUCUCAAUCAUCUGAUUUCGUGGGAGAAGAAUAUUACUCUUCAAAAAAAAUGCCCAAAUUAGGAGAAUGGAGUAUAACAACUUUUAAAGACAAUAUUAUUCCCACAGGGAGACAACUUCCUCGUACCCCAUUCUACACAAAUCAACAAGGGAAAUUGUUGCUAGAAGCUUUAAAGGACCAUACAGUACUGAAUGAGAGACAUUCAACAGGUGUAGUUGGACCUAGUCAUUCAGAAUGUGAUACACUUAAGUUUCAGAUUGCUGAUGUGUUGGAGAAACUGUUGAGGGAGGAGACUUCUGUAAAGACUCGUGCCUCAAAUGCAUGGGUUUACACUAGGAAAAAAGAUUCCAUUUGCCAGUGUACACAGCAGCCUGACGACAACCACGGCAUCUCUGGCAAUACAGCAAAUGGCAAGGAGGUGGCACCAUCUCUAGUUGAGGAUGAGCAAGAAUUACAAGAAAGAGUUGAACCUCUGGAAGAUUCUCCAGUACCAAAGUGUUUCACUACUACUUCAGCAAACAGGAGAAGACUAAGUCAGAUACCCGUUCAAGGGUUGAGUGAGAUGAAUAUAUCCAUGAUGAUUAACAGAAUAAAAGGCUACCAAUGCACUAAAGAAGAUAUGGAAUUUCUUCGACACAUGAAAAACCAAGAACAAGCACAGAAGUUGAAGGCAAAAUAUUUACAUCUACAAAAGGAACUAACCAGCAUGAUUCAGACAAAGGAGCUGCUGCUCGCACAGCGAGAGAAAGUGCAAAAAGAGAUAGUACAAAUGAAAACGUCUUAUGAUAGAACAGUCCAACUUGCAAGAGCCGUCCUGGGAAAGGAAAUGGAUCCUGCCGCUGUCGAAGCGUUACCGUCAAAAGCUGUGCUUGGGCAGCUGAACCCUGUGAAACUGCAGCAUGUCCAACAGCAAGAGAGGGCUGAACUUCAGGCACUUACAAAAGAGCUAAAGAUGUUAAAACAUUCCAUUGCCCAACUGCCUCAGAAACAGGGAAUAAGGCUGGAGAGAGAGUCUUGUAAACAACGGAUACAGGAAGUGGAACGUAGAGUACAGCAAGCAGAAGAAGAUGUGGAGAAUCUGAAAUGCAAAGUUGAAGCAGCACAGUCAAAACUAGCAGAAGUUCAGGAACACCUGUGUAAUACAAGAGCUGAAAUAGAGAAGUGGCACAUGUUGAAAGAGAAGACACCUGUUUCUCAGCCACUGGAGAAUGCCCAAGAUUCUGACAAUGAUUAUCUUAAGAGAAGACUUAACAGAAUCUUGCGAAGAACAGAUAUCUUUUUAGAAAGGGAAAAAAUAAUUGAAAGACUUAAUCUUUCGCAAUGAGUCCUGUGCUUUCUGGCGGAUUUGCUCACCUCAUCACUGGCCAGCAUGGGGAAAACGAAGAACAAUUUCUGUUGUCCCACCUAGUGGGUUGGGGACAGGAUCCCUUUCCAAAUUAGACCUUCCCUGCUGGUGUUGCUCACAGACCAGGUCAGUUCCUCCUGUGUCCAAUCAGGAAUUGAGGGGGAUGGGGGGAACCCGGGCCCGCCCUCUACACCAGGUUCCAGCCCAGGGCCCUGUGGCUAACAGCUGUCUCCUGUAUCAGCUGCGUGACAGCUACAACUCCCUGGGCUACUUCCCCAUGGCUUCCCCCCAGCACCUUUAUCCUCACUGCAGGAUCUUCCUCCUGAAGCCUGAUAACACUUGUACUCCUCAGUCCUCCAGCAACAGCAUGCCCUCUACUAACUGAAAUGAGGUCCUUUUUAAACCAGGUGUCCUGAUUAGUCUGCCAGCCAUGACUGAUUCUAGUAAAUUCUUAAUUGGUUCUAGCAGGUUCCUGAUUCACUCAGGGAACAGAAAACUAGUCAUCCAGUGACCACUAUGUUUGCCUUCUAUCAGACUGCAGUACCCUGGUGCUGCUUUAGUGAAGAUGUUACAACUCUGACAGGAGGACUUCUCUCCCAUCAGUGUAGUUAAUCCACCUCCGUAAGAGGCGGUAGCUAUGUUGAGGAGAGAAGCUCUCCCCUCAACAUAGUACUAUCUACACGAGCAAUUAGGUCAGUAUAAAUGCAUCGCACAGGGGUGUGUAUUUUUCACACCCCUAAGUGACAUAGUUAUACAAGUUUAUAGUGUAGACCUGACCUUAGGAAGUUAAACACUCAAAAAUUAGGAUAUGCCAGAAUUAAGGUUGCCUGUGGAACCUUUAUAAUCUGAAUAACUAUGAGAAGACAGAACAGGUAGGGAGGAAAGGAGAAAUAUACCAAAGUCAAGUCUUUUGCUCGCUCGCGCUCUCUCUCUCUCUCCAGCACAAACAAUAGGAGAUGAGGGGUAAAACCAGAUUUCAGCUAUAGCAAAUGCAUGCAGUAGAAAUCAUUUCACACAUUAAGCCAAAAUACAUGGUCCACAACAAAAAACAGGUACCUGCAGACUCAGUCUGUAAGAUCGUUGGGACUUCUCUUGGUCUCAGGUGACUAACUUCACUGUUGCUAUAGCGAACAGGGGUUUCUUCAUGCUCUGCUGACUUGGCAGGGAGAAACUGCUUCAUGCCUUUCCACCACCCUUCAAGAUUUUAGAAAUAAAAGAUGUAAGAACUUACAACAAUGCAUAAUAAAAAGUCAGUGGUAAUUCAUUCAUGUAAGUUACUAAAGAUGCUAAAAGUAUCACACACCUUUCUUAGUCUCUGUGAAAACAGCUUGCCUUUGCUUUGCCCCCCCCCCGGAAAAGAAAGGUCAACAAAUUAGUUAUCACUAUUCACAGAACACCUGGAGCUUAUAGGAUACUUUACCAGACAAUCAUAAAAUUACAUUUAAUACAUUGUUGAAGUUACUGAUGUCCAACAAAUCUGUCUGACAAAAGGCAGGAGGCUCAGUAAUAAGGCUUCCACUCCAUUUUUAACUGAUAUCAUUUCCAAAGCAACAGGGACAGAAUGAAGAAUCUAGCCCUGAAUUUCUGUGUUACCACCAUUGCUGGUCCUAGUACACAGAUGUAAGAAUUUCAGUAAAUAAAUUUUUAGGUUCAAAAUACAGCAUGGAAAAUAUUACAGAGGCCAAACUUCUUGUGUUGAACAGUGAGCAUUCUUAGUGAAUAAGGAGCCCCGUGUAUUAGCACUCCUAGGCUAUAGAUUUUAACUCCACCCUUCCCUGCCCCUUAAAACAAGGUGGGUGUUUGUGUGUCACAAGAGUGUGUGUUAAAUUGAGGAUUUUCACAAGGUGAAAAAUCACAAGAAGCUAAUCAGAUAUAAUAUUAUAGGCAUGGAAGGUUGAGAAAAUCUCAUGCACUUAAAAGAGCAAUGGGGAAAUAGAAAAUAAAGUUGACAAGCAUACUAAAGUGUUUUCAGUACUAAAAAAAUCCUACAAAAGUUCAUCAAUAUUCAGAACUCUCAGGAUAUCCAAUUACUGUAUAUAAAAAUUAUUGCUCAAAAUGAGAUUCCUUGUUCUGUUUCUCUUGUUUAAAUGGAAAGAUUCCAACCUUUCCUGUGUAGAAUUUCAAGUCAGUAUUACAAGGUUCUGAGUGGAGGUCUAAUAGUAUACUUUGGGAAAAAAAGAGUCUUCCUAUUUUUGAAGCCAACGUACAGAAAUAAAAGUUACAAGUCUGAAUGGAAGAGGAAUUCAGUACCACUGUGUUACAACAAGCUGGUAAAGAUGAAGUUACAGAUAGUAUCAUUGUUUAAAAUGCAUGUUUUAAACACUAAUGCUCAUUAAGGCUGACACUGAGUCCAGAGACUUUGUCACCAUUUUGUUACCUGCGCGAUCCCAGUAAGGUAAGUCAUAUGUUCCUUCAGCUUUUUUCUUUCUGGAAAAAAAUAAAAAGUUGGACACAUUUAGCUACCAUAUUCAAAUGUAAAAACACAUUAAUACUGAUUUAGCAAACAUUUUGCUUCAGAAGAAAAAUCCUGACAAGUUAUAGCACUGAAAUGUUUACAGACUAGUGAUGAUUUCUAUUAUAAAUCCUGAUAGCUGGUGGUCGUUGGAGGAUAUGAAGCUGCAACUUUCCAAUUUCAGCACCUCCUCAACUGGUCAACAUGAAAGGAGACCGCUGGGUCAUGUAUUAGGCUGGAUCCCUUUGAAUUGACUGGGGAGAGAAGGCCUUGACCAUGCCCUUGGCUGUAGCUGGUGCUCGAGGUUCAAAAUAUAAUCCCCCACAAACUAGUGUCUCCCAAAAUUUCAGGAAAGAACUCUGUAGAAUACAGCAAACCUUCAUAAUGCUAGCCAAUAAAAUAUGGAAUCUUCAGGAUGCAGAACAUUUCCUCUUCGUAUAUGAAUGAACUAAUAAAUCCAUUCUGGAAAGGUUUAACUACAGUUUCCAUACUUACAUAUGCAGUGUAUUUCAUACCUACAUGUUAAAUUAAAAUACUUUACAUGA